AGACGGAUGGUGAGCAGGACGUGCAGCUGCUAAAGAGCAGAACUCGGAGGAGUGGGGGUUAACAGGGCGGAGUGGCCCGGUCGGCUACACCCCGGCGGGGGCACCGUUGGGGGGGCGCGGAGGCCACAGAGACUCACAGCGGCUGGUGUCAGGGAGGAGGCGACAAAAGGAGGAGUGUGUGUUUGUGUGUGUGUGUGUGUUUACUGCUCGUCACCGAGGACAGACGCGGGGAGUGAAUCCCAGAGGAGCCGCUAGCUCAGCGUCCCUCCGACCCAGCUGGUCCCGCGGCCGAACUCCUCACUGCUAACACACGAGAGGGCUGAGGAGUGAUAGGAGGCAACAUGGUGGAUUACUAUGAUGUCCUGGGAGUGUCCAAAACAGCCUCUCAGGAAGACAUCAAGAAGGCGUACAGAAAACAGGCUCUGAAAUGGCAUCCUGACAAAAAUCCAGACAACAAGGAGGAAGCAGAGAAGAAGUUCAAAGAAGUUGCUGAGGCCUAUGAAGUUCUGUCUGACAAGAGUAAACGUGCUGAGUAUGACGGAUUUGGAAACAACAGAAUGGGACACACAGGUCCCUCCAGCUCGGACUUUUCGUCAGAUUUCCCAUUCACCCACACAUUCCGUAGCCCAGAUGAGGUAUUCCGAGAAUUCUUUGCUGGCCAGGAUCCUUUUGCUUUUUUUGAUGACUUCUCAUCGUUUGGAAGCUCAUCCUCUCGUCUCGGCCCCGGUCGAUUCUUCUCUUUCCCUUCAACCAAAGUUGAUUUCACCUCGUUCUCCUCUUCGUUGGGGGGCCUGGAUGGGAUGGACAGCAUGGGUGGAGGGAUGAGCAACUUCAGAUCAGUCUCUACCUCCACUCGCAUCAUAAAUGGCAAGAGCACCACAACCAAGAAGAUAAAGGAAAAUGGGCAGGAGAGAGUAGAAAUUGAGGAGGAUGGGGUGUUAAAGAGUGUCCUAAUUAAUGGCAUGAAAGAUGAAAUAGCUUUUGCUUUAGAGCUAAGCCGACGACAGGGAAAGUCCCAUCCCUCCCCUCAGAAGGCAAAGCUCCCAAACAGAUCGCCUGCCAUGUCCGACAGACCCUGUCCUAGCCGUCAGCCAGAGGCCACACAUCGGUCAUUCAGCUCUGCCCCUUUCUACAAUUUAGCAGGGACUGUGGGAGCUACCGAGCUCGAGGAAGACGAUGAAGACCUGCAGAUGGCGUUGGCAUACAGCCUGUCAGAAUUGGAAGCAAAGCAAAGAGCGGCUCCUUCUGACUUCAUAUCAGGUGCUGGGGGCGGGGGUGGAGUUUUUAAGACAAAAAAGGUACACGUGUCCAGUAAUGUAAAGGUUGUGACAAAGGAGAAAGAUGAGGAUGGGCAGGUUAAAGUAGGCACAGUAUUUGAAGAUAGAUGGGUACGGGAGGGAAAGGAAACCGGGGAACCAGUAUCCUCUCCUGAAUCCCCCUCAACUGCCGAAACUACGCCGCUCAGCCAGUGCAGUGAAGAAGCACAUGAACCUGCCCCAAAAAAUAGUGACGGCAAUGUGAAAAAGAAAAAAAAGUGUGGCUGUAUUUUGUGCUAAAGCAGUGCAUAUGUGUUUGGGUUUCUUUAUACUUAUCUCAGUGUUCCGCCUACAGCCAUACUCUAAUACGAUGUGAUUGCCAGAAUCUAAAUUCGCGGCAGUGGCUGAUGACCUCUAGUCACCUCUGAAGGAAACAGUGUGAGUCGGCUCUGAAAGGGCCAUUGGUUUACUGCUGUUUCUUUUCUUUUGUUAAUAUUCAACCAAGACAAUUCCAUAUAGUGUGCCUAAACAAAGCAAAGGUUUAAUAGUUUGUUAAGCAACACAGAGGAUUGUUACUGAAAUACGUCAAUUAGCCAAUUAUUUACAUAUUGCCAUGAGAAAUGAGUGGGAAUAAUAGGGUUUGGGUUAUGAUUUUACUCAAUCAGACACUUCGGCAAGGAGUGUAUCAGAACUGAGGCACUCCCAACUGAUAGAAAUUGAAAGUAGGACACAGAACUUUCUCUGUUGAUUGUCAGCCUUCAACUGAUCUUUAUCUGACCAUAAAACACUUCACCAAGUGUUAGAUCCAAUGUUAUGAUGCUAGGGACGUAUAUUUGUGGUUUUCACGCACCAAAAAUCUUCUUUACCAAGCUGUAGUAGCAAACCCAUGUAGCAUGGUCAAAUUAACAGGUAGAAUCAAAUUGCCAUGGUCAGUCAGAGCUUCAAGUCAGAUAUUAACAUACUUGAGUGAGGAGUUAUCCAAACCCCUGGUCAUCUGCUAGUGCCAACGUGGUCCAUGUAUCCUUUACUGACUCCAGUUCUGACUCCAGCUGCCGGUUAUCACCAGUGACAUAAAAUGUUGGACAAAAGGGGAACAUUUCACCAGCAAGCUGAAAGUAAUGAUGGUGAAAAGUUGCAUUAAAAGGAUUAAAAAGUUAAAUAAUCUUUAGAGGAACACUAAGAAUUUAAUAGAGAUGUAAUAUUAUAUAUAGAUGAUGUUAACUCCUGAAGUCAAAUUUUGGGGCAUAGUUUCAAAAUUUUCUCCAUGAAAAAUCUGUAUUUUCAUACAAGUAUUUAUACAAGACCUACAUUCUGCUUUAUGCUCAAAAUAGACAUGAAGAAAUGUCACUUUUUACAAUAUGGUACAUUUUAGGUGACGCACAAACUCACACACUUUGCCAAAAUCAAAUACUUGGUCAGUGCAAUAGGUACAACCUUAACAGGUAGGCUAGCUUUUAUAUUUUUUGUAUAGUUAGAAAAAAUAGGGAGGAGCUCUUGAAUCAUUAUAUUUGAGUAUUAUAUCAUCACUACAUUUGGUCAGAUUGUAGUUUGCAGCACUUUAUGAAGGCAUAACACAAUGUGGAAUGUGUACGUCAUUAUGUCAAAUUAUGGCAAAACGUAAUAUUUGUAUCUCUUUGGUGCCUUUAAUCAUUUGAACUACUUGUUCUCUAUCGUGUCAAGACUAUCUUUCCAUUAGUGGUGCUUAUAAAGCCCACUGUGGUUAAUCAGUGCAUGGCCACCACAGGAUGAUGUGUCUUAAAGAUUAAUAAUCGUCAGCUGCCCCUAUAUGGGAUAUGUAGGGUGAACCUGUGAUACCAACGUAACCAUCUGUUAACAAUGCUUAGAUUAUCACUGCAAACGUUGCCAGAAAAUGAAAAUGUAUUUUAAGCAAAGUAAAUACACUUCACUCAACAAAGAGCAUGUUUUUUUGUAUAAGUAGAUUCAAGCCAAUAUGUCCUCCCACAGAGGAACAUGGCAAAACUCUGCAUCAGUGUUUCCGGGUGUUUUGGGGAAGAAAUGUGGAUGAAGAGUAAUGACAUGUUACUGUUAAAGAUGUGCACAAGUAAAAAAAAAUUCUAGUCUAAUGUCUAGGAUUAAGUGCUCCUGAGAAGAAUACUGAAACUCUAUCUGCUCCGGUUGAGCUGUGUACAUUUUGGACUGCCAUCCUCCAGGACAACUCCUAAACCUUCCUUUGACACAAACUGAUUUGUCAUAAUGACAUUUAGGCCUUAACCUGAGAAAGGAAGUCAUUCCUGGUAAAUCCACCAAAAUGACAGACUUGGAUUUAGUGGCACCUAGUGGUGAGGUUGCAUAUGAGGUUAUAACCUCCUUAAACCGGCUCCCCUGUAUAUUAUCAAAGAGAACCCAAUGACCCGUAGGUAACAUAAAACCAUUAAAGGCCCUCUCUAGAGCCGGUGGUUGGUUUGUCCGCCCUGGGCUACUGUAGAAAAAAAGCAGUGCAACAUGGCGGACUCUGUGCAAGAGGAUUUGCUGCCUGUGUAGAAAUCAAGGGCUCAUUCUAAAAAAACUAAUCAUGAAUAUACUGUUCCAUUUCAAUUGAUAAAUCCGGCACUGUUUUUCUAAAUGAAUGAACAUUGUCAACAGUUUUUUGUUAAGAACUGCUUUAGCUGUAGCUACUGCUCUGUUGGGUUAUCGCCUGACUUCUUCUUUGUGCUGGAACUCAACAUCCAAGUAUUACUGUAAAUGAACUCCAUAGCUGUGUGUGUGUGGUGGUGUGUGUGUUUGAUAUUUUUCACGAAUGCCUGCAUGGGUUUUUGCUUUCACUUUUAAGGAUGAAUUUAUCAUCCCUGACUAAACUUAAACACAGCUGUGAGUUUAUAUCAUCAGAAUUCAGAUUGUUCUGACUAAUCUGUGAAUCAUGUGUAUCCUUGCUUUAUGAUGACAUGUGGAGAGGGAAAUAGGAAGAGGUACAAGGCAAAUGGGUUUUCUUAUAUAGGAAUAUAUUAAAAUGUAAUCUUUGUGCUACGUUGAAGUUUUAUUGUUGUUUACUUUAUUUUCAAUUUGUUAAUAAGAGAAAUUACAAAUAAAGAUUGAGCCAAAAGUCGG